GCCGGUAGUACGUGUCUAAUUCGUUAUGUAUAAAACUUGUUUGAUAUUAUUUAAGUCUUUGCUUAUUCGAAUACAAUAAUGAACUAUCAAAUUUACUUUCGCUUGCUCGGCUAUGUGUCCACAAUAGCGAUGCACAUCAGCAAUCUAAUUUACAUGCGGCAUACCAUACUAUCGGCUAAUAUCAGCGAAAAAUCCCUGGAUAAUGUCGGAAUAGGCACUUUCAAGAAAAUGGAGUAUCGAUAUUUUACUACUUGGACGGUGGGUCUACAGAUAGGAUAUGCGGCGCUGGGUACACUCUGCGAUCUUCUGGUGCUACUAAAUAAACACAAAAAGAACUAUAGAUUACCUAAAUAUUUGGGUUCGUCGCGGGAAAUUAUGUUCGCUGGUCUGGUAUGGCCGUCUACUUGGGUAGUCUUCACUGUAUUUUGGACUUUAUUCAACUACGACAGAAGCCUGAUAUUCCCGGCUUACUUGGACAAGAUCGUGACGCGUCUGUCUAACCACGUCAUACAUACAAUGAUCGUUCCGGUCGUGGUCUGGGAGGUGAUGUUUCGGCCAAGGAAACCAAAAAGCCACUACAGGAAUAUCGCGCAACUGGCGAUACACAUGUUGGCGUACGUCUUCGUGUUACAUUUCACUUAUCACGAGCACGGCGUCUGGCUGUACCCGAUCUUCAAAGCAGUUCAAGGAACGAUACAUUUUUAUCUGCUCCACUUUUAUGUCGCAGCUAUGUGCUUGAUGUUCUACUGGCUUCAAUGGCGGUUGAACUCUUUGAUCCACGUUGUCGAAGACGUAAAGAAGAUUCACUGAGUUAUAGGAGUGGCUUACUUGGGCAGUGUUACACGAGAGAUCACAAAGCCGCGUGAAAUAUUUCACGCUUUUCUGAUAGCCAAUUUUAUUUUAUACUUAAUUAAAUAUAGAGGGUGUAAUGGAACUGAUCUCGAAGAAUCACACCAGCAAGUAAAAUAAUAUAAACGGAAAAUGGUGUAUGAUUUGGUUUUGUGUACGCAAUGUACGCAAAACAAAAGGCGUACGAGG